AUGAGCCUCGAAAGCCCUCAAUAUGAUGCUCCAAACAAAAGGCCCCUUAUGGACGCAGGUACAAAUGCCAGCGAGUUUCUGAGUACCAAUGAAGAAGGGUCCAAAAAGCCUAGACCUCAAGAUGAGGAAAAUCAAAUAUUCGAAGAAGCCCCUCCCGCGGACGAAUUGGAGGACGUUGUUGAAGAUUAUGUACCAAGCGAACCGAUUUUAAAUGGUAAGUUUUCUCAGGACGCCAGUCCAGUUGGUGCGAAUGAUGCAAAAACUCCUGGGGCAGACAAGCAAUUUGUGCCUAAAGAACCGCUACCACCGAUCUCAAUAACUAUGAGCCCAGAAACCGGAAAAUAUAGGUUUCCGUUUAUUUCGAAAGAAGACUCGUUGACGGCGCGUUCGUACUUGAAGUAUUAUGGCUCAGGGAAGUUCUUAGACACCUACUUGCCGGAAGAGUUGAAUUCACUUUAUAUUUAUCACCUCAUUAAAUUAUUGGGUUUCCAAAUCAAGGAUAAACAGCUUGUGGAAGCUGUGCAGGAUGUGGUUGAGAACGACAUCUUCACUCAAAGCCCUGCUUUAGCCACGACACAAAGCGGGCAAUCUCGCGAGAAAAGUCCUGAUUCUGACGACAGCGACACUUUUGACGACCCCUUAGAGAAAAAGCAUGCAGUUCGUCUAAUCAAAGAUCUGCAGAAGGCUAUGAACAAAGUUUUGAGUACUCGAAUGCGACUGGCCAACUUUCACACUUUAGAUGACUUCUGCGACAAAUUAAAAACUGCUAAAAAGGUCCUAGUUUUGACUGGAGCAGGAAUUUCUACGUCUCUGGGUAUCCCUGACUUUAGAUCGUCGGAGGGGUUUUACUCAAAAAUUAGACACCUCGGACUUGACGACCCGCAAGAUGUCUUUAACUAUGAAAUUUUCAUGCAAGACCCAUCUGUCUUCUAUAAUAUUGCGCAUAUGGUGCUGCCCCCCGAAAAUCUCUUCUCGCCACUACACAGCUUCAUCCGCAUGAUUCAGGAUAAAGGCAAGCUCUUAAGAAAUUACACACAAAACAUAGACAACCUUGAAUCAUAUGCCGGUAUUCAGGCUGAAAAGAUGGUGCAAUGCCAUGGAUCUUUCGCUACUGCAUCCUGCGUGACCUGCCAUUGGAAGCUUCCGGGUGAAAAGAUAUUUGAUAACAUCAGGAAUAUGGAGUUGCCGUUGUGUCCGUACUGCUACCACAAGAGGAAGGAGUACUUCCCAACUAACUCCCCUGACGAAAACGAUGGCCAAAUAGAAUCGUACCAUUCAUCAUUCAAUAACGUUUUGAAGUCGUACGGUGUUUUGAAGCCCGACAUCACUUUUUUUGGCGAAGCCUUACCGUCUAAGUUCCACCGCUUCAUUAGGGACGAUGUUAUGAAGUGUGACCUUUUGAUUUGCAUAGGUACUAGUCUAAAGGUUGCCCCUGUGUCUGAAAUUGUUAAUAUGAUUCCCGCAAGUGUCCCUCAGGUGUUGAUCAACAAAGACCCUGUAAGACAUGCAGAGUUUGACCUUUCGCUCCUUGGCUUUUGUGAUGAUGUCGCUGCGCUUGUGACCCAGAAAUGUGGCUGGUCCAUGCCUCACAGCAGCUGGGACGAUUUGAAAACUACGGAGUACGAAUAUGAGGAAACCGACAGAGGUGUUUACCAUGUCAAGCCCAAAAUCAGUGAAGCAACAUCGGAAGCGGAUCUCGGGAAUAUUGGAGAGCCUUCAGAGGUGAAAUAA